AGCCACGGCACGCGAGCCCGCGUCUUCUAAUUUAUUCCCGCCAUUUUUAAAACUUCAAUAUCGUAGUGGCAUAGACAACGAAAAACUUUUAAUAUGACAGUGAUCCAGUGAUAUUAAUUAAUAACAGUGUUAAUUAAUAAAAAAAAUUAAUUAAAAUGUUCGAUAUUAAAAUGAAAUUAUUAUACAUAAGUGUUUUGUGUUUAAUUUCGAAAAAUUUGGUCGAAGGUCUAUCAUCGGAAGAAACAUCAGAGGUGACAGAAACAUGUUGCACACACGGUCAGUACGCGGCGGUAGCGCUGACGUCAUCCAGAGCAUGCUCCGGAGUAUCUGCACCUGAUGAUCUGGAACCGGAGUUAACUGAGGCUUGCUUGAAAGCCGCGAAAGGUUGUUGUGAAGAGCAUUUUGUAGAGAAGGACGACUGCGCUUUUGGAAUCAAAUUGUCCAGAAAAAAACAAUGCGGUCUGCCCAAAACCGAUAUAGGAAAGACGUGUUGCGAUGAAUGUUCGUUUGGGCGAUGGUCAGGAGAGUCCCAGGGUAUGGACGCCUGCGGCAGCGCUGCGGAAGAGGGAAUGAGCCCUCAAACAACACUAAGGAAAAACGCCUUCCAUAAAUGCUGUUUGGAAGCUUCGCAAAAUCCAGAAACUACCACAGAAACGACUACAACGGAAAAGAAGAUAGAAACAACAACAGAGAAGAAGAGAGAAGAAAAGAAAGAGAAGUGUAAGAAAGAUUCCUGUCAUCAUAUCUGCAAAGAUGGUGGUGGGAAGAUUAAUUGCGAAUGUCGAAAAGGAUAUAAACUAGAAGCGGAUAAUAAGACAUGCAAAGAUAUAAACGAAUGCGGUGAACUGAUGGAAGACUUAUGUACCGAAGAAGACACGGUGUGCCACAAUACUGAGGGCUCGUACAAGUGCGUGCCGAUCAAGAAGCGAGACGUCAGCCUAAGCUGCCCGCCCGGCUUUAAGCGGAACCUAUUGAACCAAGUUUGCGAUGACAUAAAUGAAUGUCAACUACCUCGGCCGCCGUGCCCGAAAUAUUUGUGUGAGAACACUAUCGGUGGGUACAAGUGCGCGGGGAAAGCGGGCAAGCCAUUUGAAGAGGCCAUACCCGGACAUACCACGGAACUAGCUGCAACUACCCCCACGGUCAAGAAUGACAUAUGUCCGCCUGGUUUUAGGGCAGGACCAGAUGACGAAUGUCUUGACAUAGACGAGUGCGAAGAACGAUUGGACGACUGCCAGCGUCUUUCCCAGCACUGUAUCAACACGCACGGCAGCUACUUCUGCCAGGACCACGUCUCUAAGCGUUGCGCCCCCGGGUUCAAGGUCAACGCUGUUACAGGGAUAUGUGAAGAUAUCGACGAAUGCGAAGAGAGUUCUGAGGUGUGCCGGCGCAGUGAAGUGUGCGUCAACUUACCUGGUGCUUACAACUGCAAGUCCAAAAUCAGUACUCUACCACAAUUAACGAAGAAGAAAUGCCAAGAAGGAACAAGACAGCGGCCUGGUGGAACAAUUUGCGAAGAUAUCGACGAAUGUCGUGAAGGUUCACACUUGUGCGAUCACUUCCAAAACUGUAUCAACACAUUCGGUGGUCACGAGUGCCGUUGCAAGAAUGGCUUUGAACUAGACUCUUCCUCUGGCUCCUGUGUGGACAUAGACGAAUGCGCGUUGAAGCUAGACAACUGUCAAAGCGGCUUGCACUGCCUCAACGUGUUGGGAUCGUUCACGUGUACGCGCAGAGCUGCCACAUCUUCUACCACUACCAGCACAACACUCGCACCGCCCGCCGCCUAUGACUACGAGUACUAUGACUCCGAAGAAGAUAAUACAACGAAUGUAGACAAAAUUCCUGAACCAAGUCUCCCAGUAACAAAACCCACUACGUCCACUACAACAACCACCACAACAACAACAACUACUCCACGACCAACAACCACUUCAACGACAUCCACAACGACAACAACAACGCCUGCAACAACCAGUACCACAACAACCCGUACCCCUAGAGUUCGGCCUUGGCCUGGAUACAAUCCAUACUAUCCCAGGCAUCUGAUUCCUACAACAAGGCGAAAUCCUUACACUAUACCAGACCGACCCGAGCAUAGAAGACCAGAGUUCAGGCCGAGAAGACCAGAAGUACCAAGGACUCCUGUUGAAGUAACAGUACCAACACCAACAAAUGUCACUACUAUCGAGAAAGAGAGAGAAGCAGACGGCAGUUACGGCGUGAACACUAGUGAUUUACCAAAAGAGAAAUGGACUAACGUCAUAGGAACGUACAAACCGGACCAACCAGAUUUUAGUCUUGAAGAUUUACAUUGUUUGGAUGGUUUCGAAAAGAGCCCUACUGGAGAAUGUGUUGAUAUCGAUGAAUGUGAAACUGCCAAACACAUCUGCAGCAGCCUCGAGGUUUGUCACAAUCGUCCGGGAGGCUACAUGUGUGACUGUAUGCCAGGCUUCCGGCGCGACGCGACUGGCUGGUGUGUCGUCAUCACUACCACAUCCACCACCACUACCACAACUACCACCACAACACCCAAACCGACCACCGUUAGAACUACCACUUCGACCACGGAAAGUACGACUGCCGUGAGUACGACGAGCACGGAAACACCCCGGCCGCCGCGCCCACGUUUUCCGUGGUACGCUCCGCCAAUGUCUUGUGAUUUUGGAUAUGCAUUCAGUCCCGCUAUAGGAAAAUGUAUAGACAUAGAUGAAUGCGCGAGUAAUAAAGCCAACUGUGCCCCGAAAGAGGACUGUGUGAACACUGAUGGUGGCUACCGCUGUGUGUGCGGCAAACGGUGCAGGGGAGAGACUGACACACCCGCGUACUAUCCGACGCCGAGAGAACCAUCGGUACUGCCAGAGACGAAUGUGAUAACAGUAGGAGCGCAGUACGGGCAGCGAGGCUCACGAGUCAUGCGGCCCACAUACAGCCGGGCAUCCUCCGGCUCCGUGCUCACGUCCUGUCCUUGGGGUUACAAACUUACGCCGGACAAACGAUGCGUCGACAUCGACGAAUGUGCCCGCAACGUGUCCGAUUGUGGUCCUCAGCAGAGAUGCGAGAACUUCUACGGCGGGUACUCCUGCCAGUGCCCCGCGGGUCACCGGCUGGUUGGUCAGCAGCGCUGUGAGGAUAUCGAUGAGUGCGCGUAUGGCAAUCCAUGCUCAUACAACGCCCAGUGCAUCAACACAGUGGGGUCGUACCGGUGUGCUUGCGGUGAAGGCUUCCGUAACGCGCCUACAAAUGAUAAGGUAUGCGUGGACGUGGACGAGUGCUCGGAGUCUCCGGGCGUGUGCGCGCAGGGCUGUGCCAACGCGUGGGGCGGCUACCGCUGCUAUUGCGAGCGCGGAUAUCGCCUGCACGUCGAUAACAGAACAUGUGUGGACGUGGACGAGUGCGCGGAGUGGGGCAGUUCGCGGGCACGGGGCCGGCUGUGCGGCGGGCGUUGCGUCAACGUGCCGGGCACCUACCGCUGCAGCUGCCCACACGGCUACCGACUGUCGGACGACGCACGAAGCUGCAUAGAUAUAGACGAGUGCGAGACGGGCGAGGCGCAGUGCGCACGAGCAAAUGACGCGGGGCUGGUAUGCCAGAAUACACGCGGCGGCUACCACUGCCACCACAUCGACUGUCCGCCAGGAUAUCGUCUCGAAUCCAAGCAUAAAUGCACGCGCAUCCAGCGCUCAUGCUCCGUCACCGACUGGGCCUGCAUCCGGCAGCCGAGUGCCAUCAGCUACAACUUCAUCACAUUCGUUUCCAACAUCUUCCUGCCCGCGGGUAGUGUGGAUCUGUUCACGAUGCACGGGCCGUCAUGGCGCGACUCAGUGGUGAGCUUUGAGAUGCGACUGGUGGAUGUAAAAGCGCCCAGUGGUGUCAAACCCGCUGACCUCACCUGCUUCGACAUGCGGCCAAGCGGUAACGUGUGCGUGGUGUCGCUACUGUGCGCGCUGGGCGGGCCGCAGGUCGCCGAACUAGAGUUGGCGAUGUCGCUGUACCAGCGCGGUCAGUUUGCAGGUAGCGCGCUCGCGCGACUCGUCGUCAUCGUCUCCGAAUACGAGUUCUAGGAUACCAUACCUGACGACACUGGAUCCAUAAAUGUAAACUACAUUUUAGCGCACUCUACAUACUAUAGAUACAUUUUAGGGUCUUUUAAUAUACCAAGAUUUAUAAUAUUCAGGUCUGACAUUUACGCUAUCUCUAUGUAUAUUAUCAUUUUCACAAUAUA